AUGAGCCAGCCGCCUGCAGGGGGCGCCGCCGCCGCCGAGCCGCGCCUGCAUCCCGAGGGCAGCAGCGGCAGGAAGCAGCCGCGGGCAUCCUCGCCGGCCCGGGCCCGCGACACCGCCCCGCGCCCGCCGCCCAGCGCCGCCAAACCCGCGCCCGCCGCCGCCAAAGCCGCCUCGGCGCGGCCGCCGCCCGGCCAGGCCUCCCGAGCCGCCCGCGGCCGCGGCACCGAGAGGCCGGCGCGGGGAGCUGUCCAGCCCGGCUCCGGGGGCGGCGGGGGCGAGCGGGAGGGGGCGGCGGCGCCGCCGCCCAAGCAGUGGCGGGGGAAAGCGGGGCGGUCCCCGCUGAAGGGCGCGGGGGAGGCGGCCCCGGCGCCUCCAUCUUCCUCGGGCGCGGGGAAGGGCCGCGGUGCGGCGGCGGGCGGCGGCGGCUACUGGAAGGAGGGAUGCCUGCAAAGUGAGCUCAUCCAGUUCCACCUCAGGAAGGGGCUGGCGGCGGCCGCCCAGAUGCAAACCAAGGGCAGCAACCACAGCAGCGGCAGCUCUUCCUCCGCUGCCUCCGCCGCCUCCGCGGCCGCCGCCCCCGAGAUGGAGGAAGAGAUGGAGAAACUGCGGGAGGAGAACGAGAGCCUCAAGAACGAGAUAGAUGAGCUGAGGACAGAGAUGGAUGAGAUGAGGGACAGUUUCUUUGAGGAGGAUGCUUGUCAGCUUCAAGAAAUGCGCCAUGAACUGGAGCGAGCCAACAAGAACUGCCGGAUCCUUCAGUACCGGCUGCGCAAGGCUGAGCGCAAGAGGCUCCGCUACGCCCAGACCGGCGAGAUCGACAACGAGCUCAUACGCAGCAUGGAGCAGGACCUCAAGGUUGCAAAAGAUGUAUCGGUGAGACUUCAUCAUGAGUUAGAAAAUGUGGAAGAAAAACGUACUAUAACAGAAGAUGAAAAUGAAAAAUUAAGACAGCAGCUUAUAGAAGUUGAAAUUGCCAAACAAGCACUACAGAAUGAACUGGAAAAAAUGAAAGAGCAAUUACUGAAAAGGAGAGGAAGCAAAGACCCACCAAAAUCAGAAAAAAAGUCACAGCAGACACCAACAGAGGAUGACAAUGAAGACCUGAAAUGCCAGCUACAGUUUGUCAAAGAAGAAGCAGCCUUGAUGAGGAAGAAAAUGGCUAAAAUUGAUAAAGAGAAAGACAGAUUUGAACAUGAGCUGCAAAAAUACAGAUCAUUUUAUGGGGAUUUGGACAGCCCCUUGCCAAAAGGUGAAGCAGGUGGGCCACCUACUACAAGAGAAGCUGAACUCAAGCUUCGAUUGAGGCUUGUGGAGGAGGAAGCUAACAUUCUCGGGAGGAAAAUAGUGGAACUAGAAGUAGAAAAUAGAGGACUGAAAGCAGAGCUUGAUGAUUUAAGAGGAGAUGAUUUCUCAGGGACCACUAACCCACUCCUGGGUGAGCAGAAUGAAUCCCUGUCAGAAUUACGACAGCAUUUGCAGCUAGUAGAAGAUGAAACUGAAUUGCUGAGGAGAAAUGUAGCUGAUUUAGAAGAACAAAACAAACGCAUAACAGCUGAGCUGAACAAAUACAAGUACAAGUCUGGGGCCCAUGAGAGCUCUAGGCACCACGACAAUGCCAAGACAGAAGCAUUACAGGAGGAGCUAAAAGCUGCACGAAUGCAGAUCAAUGAGCUGAGCGGCAAAGUCAUGCAGCUCCAGUAUGAGAACAGAGUCUUAAUGUCCAACAUGCAGCGCUACGACUUGGCCUCUCAUCUUGGAAUCCGUGGCAGCCCUAGAGACAGUGAUGCGGAAAGUGAUGCAGGAAAAAAGGAGAGCGAUGAUGACUCCCGCCCCCCUCACCGCAAAAGGGAAGGUCCCAUUGGGGGGGAAAGUGACUCCGAAGAGGUGCGCAACAUUCGGUGCCUGACGCCCACGAGGUCUUUUUAUCCAACGCCGUCUGGGUGGCAGAAAAGCUUCACUGACAGGCAGCAGAUGAAGGACAUUCGCUCUGAAGCGGAGCGGCUGGGCAAGACAAUAGAUCGCUUAAUUUCUGACACGAGCACCAUCAUCACGGAGGCAAGAAUUUAUGUAGCUAACGGGGACCUCUUUGGACUGAUGGACGAAGAAGACGAUGGCAGCAGAAUACGUGAGCACGAGCUUCUGUACCGGAUCAACGCGCAGAUGAAGGCCUUCAGGAAAGAGCUCCAGGCUUUCAUCGACCGACUCGAAGUUCCGAAGUCCUCGGACGAUCGAAGUGCAGAUGAACCUUUGUCAGUGAGUCAGAUGUUCCAGCCUAUCAUUUUACUUAUUCUCAUCCUUGUAUUAUUUUCAUCCCUUUCAUACACAACAAUAUUUAAACUUGUCUUCCUUUUUACACUGUUUUUUGUACUGUAA